ACUAGGAGCAGGAGCGGGAGGAGGAGGAGUGGCAGGCGAACGCGCAGGAGGAGGAGGGGGAGUCGUCUGAGGAGGACACGGCCGAGGAUACCUCUACGCCGGCUGUCUGGUUGCGAGGUCCUUCGCGACUCCCAGAUAGGCCGAUAUUUGUUGCCUUGCGCCCGCUGAUUCGACCGAGCAGGGAUAUGAGUUGGACUGUCCUCAGUGGCGGUGCUCACAAACGCAAGGUCAACGGCAUCCUGGGUCUUUUGUGCAGGGACUACUUCCCAGGCCUGGUCCACUAUCAAAGACGGUACGAGCCGUCCUGGACGUGGGACCACUACAUCGCCGCCAACAACGAUCAGUUGGAUCGGAGCGGCAGAGCCUUUGAGAACAAGGCGGAGCGGGUAAAGGCCGAGCUCUGGGAUUUUUACAGGUGUGACGAGGGAUAUGAGGAGCGGGCGGCGAUUGUGGCUCACAAUCGAUGCGUUAAACUCGUGAAGGACAUGCAUUAUGAGGCGCAAGUCCAGUGCGUCAUCAACUAUUGUGCACAUUUCCUAAAGCAGAAGAUCGGGAAGACUGAGGCGAGGGAUUUGAAGCUGACCCGAGAGCAAUAUUUACAGGUUCCUGCGUGGUGGUGUCGUAAUGACACCGUGUGCUGGGAGCGCAUAGUGGACAAGUGGUUCGACCCCGAGUGGCAGGCUUUGCACGACGCUAGCCGGCAGCGGUGAUUGCUGAUGCCAGGUCCAGCGCACCAUCAAGGCAGCCUCAACAACGACGAGUACAGGGCUAGAUGAGUACACACUACACAGACUCAUUUCUCUAAUCUAACAUUCAAUUCAGCAUAAUUUGUAAUGAACUUCUUCCUUUUUCGCAGUCGUCAUCACAUGAAGGCCAGGAGUGCAACCCGUUCGUGGGAUGGGCUCUGGCUCGCAAGGGCAAGGCGACAUUCAACGUCACCUACAACCCUGACGACCUUCACUCGGCGUACAGCAACCUGUCCGUCCACAGUCGUAUCUAGGCGUACACAGAGAUGGGAAGACAUGUCCAUGGGCCAGACUGGGAUCCGAGGACCCAGCCUCUUGAUGGAGAAGUCAUUAUGAGGGUGGGAGGAGGCAAGAAACAUGGGCGCUACUACAUUGGCGAUGGUCUUGUAGACACGGCCAGCACUCCCACCCUCUCCCAGAUUCGAGCGAGGAGCACGGCCAAUAGCCCGGCCAUACGCCCACGGCUGUCCGCGUUGCAGCUCCAAGUGCAGGAACUUCAGCACCAAAUGCAAGCGCAACAGGCGGCGUACGAGGCGGCGCUGGCCGAAGAGAGGAGGAUACGACAAGAGAACGAGCAGAAGCAGGCGGCCGAGAUGGCCCAGAUGUACAACUACAUUCGAGGUCUUUCUGUCCAAAUGGGUAAUCCCAUCCCAGCCAUGCAAUUCCUUGUGGCUCCUGCUCCUACUACUCCUCCGAAUCUAUCGGUGGCAUCGAAUACGCCAGAAUUGUCGCCGGGCGUACAAAACAUGUUGCCACCUCAGCUCAACGCCCCACCGCCAUUCGACGACCCACCUCAGCCAUGAACUUGUUAAUUUGUGCCUCUAUGGAUGUAAACUUGAUGAUGCUAGGAGGAUUUUCAAUAAGGAUUUGUGGAAUUAUAAACUAGUGAACUUAAUUUAUGUGUUGACUCGUGAA